AUACUUUAGCAGGAUUAACAAAUAUUUAUACAAUUUUGGCAUUAUAUAUUCAAAUUCAUCACACUUGUAUGUACAUAAAUAGGUGAAACCACCAUAAUGCACUACAGGAAAACAUGACUAAAAUUUACAAUAUCUCGAAUAUAACAUAUUAAUGCUUGCUGUACACCACGUAUAUAGUUCUGAAAAGAACUGUUAUUGUUGGUUGAGAAUAUCUCGACGUUUCGAUUGGGUUGCUUCAAUCGUCUUCAAUAAUAUCUGCUUUCGAAUCGAUAUCGCGAAUAUAUUUAGUACUUUUACUGUAGUACAAAUGUCAUUCCAAUACACAUAACAGUAAACUAAGCUUAUAAAAAUACAAUCAAUCACUAUUUAUCAAAAUCCACUACCGGUAAAAUAUUUGUUUAUUCUUACAUUUAUUUGACUAAAAGAGAUAUUUUAGAAACCUGUAACAAAAUAUCAAAAAGAGAGUUCCUGUGUUAAUUCUUUGAAAUGCCUGUGUAGCAUACAGUGAAAUCCCAUUAUAAAUCGAAGUCGGCGGUCGUCGGUCAAAACGCACAAGCAAUAGAAAAUAAAAAUAAGAUUUGGGAUAUAGGAAUACAAUGUUUUUCUCCUGGUAGCUAGGUUGGAGUAAUGUCCAUAGGGUUUUUUUUGUAAGGUGUGUUUUCACGGAAGAGGGUAACUUACAUAGCAAAAUGUGUACAUUGAAACCUUUAUUGGUUCUUUUACAUAUAUUUCUUGCUCAGGCUGUAAGAUUUACUGGCAAACCAAAGAAUGUUCAACAAUUUGAAGGACAAACUACAAGACUGAAAUGUAUCUUAGGAGAUUUUGAUAAAGACAAACAUACAGUAUCGUGGAUGAAGGGAGAAACAAGACUAAGUCGACAAAAUGUGGUAACUGCUACAGAUAUGCGGAUAUCGGUGUAUUUAGACGAUCUGCCAUAUGUGGGAGCAUAUACAUAUUUAUUAAUUAUAUCAGACCUAGUACUCGAGGACGAGGGUGGUUAUCACUGUCAAAUAGAUCAAAUUUCUACUAUCAGUUCUGGAAUAGCAUAUCUCACAGUAUUGCAAGUUCCCUCGUCUGAGUAUCCAAAAUGUACAAAGUCAGCUAACAGCUACGUCGUUGGUUUACCAGUACAAUUAACGUGCGUUAGUGUUUUGAUAAGUCCUCCAGUUGAUCUGAACUGGAAUCGUCACGGUAGCCCUAUUUCAUCAAUGAGUACGCAAACUGAAACACGUGAUGGUUUGGUCUACGAAAUUUACACAUUUACAGCAAAGAAAACUGAUAACGAUGAUACUUUUAUGUGUCAACAAAGAACGGACGUUCUUUCUUAUACACAAAAUUGUACAAUUCAAAACUUGAAUAUACAAUAUCGUCCUGAAGUUAAAAUACAACACACUAGUGCAAUAUUUGCGGGAUCUGAUUCUAUAUUAUUCUGUCAAUCAUUUGCUAUCCCCCCAGUUACUGUGUUUAGAUGGACGUUUACACCUGUAUUUGAUGCUAAUGAAUAUAUUGCAGAUGGGCAAGUAUUGACACUUAUAAAACCAUCGAUGGCUAGAAAUGCAACAAGAAUCACUUGUUCUGCAGAAAAUAAUAUUGGUAUCAGUACAGAUACAAUGACGUUACACAUAACGGAGGAAUUAAGGCGCGAUAAUAAUAUUCAGAAAGACGGUAAUGAUUUUAAAUAUUUACCUGAAACAAAAGGAAAUAAUAUGGAUAUAUUUGGAAAGGGCAACCCGGGUAUAUCACUGUACGUUGUCAUAAUUAUUAUUGUAUUGGUCGUCAUCAUUGUUGUGGUUGUUGUUAUCAUUCCUGUUUACUAUCACUGCUUCUGUAAAACAAGGACUGCUACUGAUAAUUCUGGUAGGGAGAUAUACCAGCCUACGGUGUUUUAUGAUACCAGAGAUCGUACUAGUGGUCUAUACGAUCGGUCUUUACCUCAUUUACCGAGUACAGGACAUUAUGGUCACUGGAGACACUCGUUUGCAUCUCAAGUUCCUGAAGAUCUUGAUCAACAAGGAUAUAUGUACAUAGAAGAAAGAAACGGACAGAAUACACUUUAGAAAUAUCGCUUAUUCAAUGUGGUA